GUAUGUGUAGUUGACCGUUCAAUGUUUUCUCACAAGACUUUCAAGAUCAAGCAAUACCCCACCAAGAAACAAAAGCAGAAUCGUCCCAUUCCCCAGUGGAUUCAGAUAAAAACUGGCAAUAAAGUCAGGUACAAUUCCAAGAGGAGGCACCGGAGAAGAACCAAACAGGGUCUGUAA